AUGCCACGCCGUUGCUGUGUGCCAGAGUGCAAAAGCAAUUACGAUAGCAGUCUUAAAAAGAAUGAACAACCAGAAAGCACAUUUUUAUUUCCAAAGGAUCCAAAGCUGCGAGAACUUUGGUUACAGUGUAUCCACAGGAAAAAUUUUGUUAUUGGAAAAUCAGCGGUAGUAUGUGCCAAACAUUUUUAUUCUGAUGACAUCGAGAGAGUUAGAGAAUGGGUAGAUAAGGAAGGCAACAAACAUGUAGAGAAAUUAACGAAUCCUAAGUUAAAACCUUCUGCAGUUCCUCGUAUUUUUCCACAUCAGCCAAAAUAUCUAACAACUCCACAAACUGUUGAGAGAACAGAUCCCGAAAAUAGGCGUAUGACUAUUAAUAAAAGACACGAGGAAGUGCUUAGCGAGAUUGAACAGAGUGAUAUGAUAGAGUGUUUUGAUUCGCUUAAAAACAGUUUCCAAAUUAAAUUGUCUUUAAGUAACUGGAACUACCGAGAAGGAUCUACAGGUUUACACUUUUUUACUUUAAACGUUGAUACCCCUGAAAAUGCAGAUUUAGAAGUUAAAGUGCUAAACAGUGUAGUAGUAUUAAAAGACUUAAGUGUUACAGUAUAUAUAGCACAAUUGUCACCUGAAGCUGUUAUCAUGUUUGGUAAUGAAAAGUUUACAACAUGA